UUGAUUGUAGAAUAUUGGCACGGAAAGAGAUUCACCUCACGUUUCGGUCAACGCGAACACGAAAGGAGAAGGCAUGGCCUUCUGUUCAACAUAAAAUGAAAUGAUUCAAUAAAAUUAAAAAAAACAGGAGCACAGCGAUGUCCUCGCCCAAGAGGGAUGUCCGACACAGGUCCCCCACCGUCCCAGGAUGCACGGCGUGGCCAGGCCUUCCGGUCAAGUCCGGCGACCAUGGAAAUCCCGUAAGGUCUCCCAGCGUGGCGUCCCUGCCUCUGCUGGCCCCUGCGGAAUCGGGCGGGCGCCCCCCUCGCGCUCGCCCCUCCCCGGCCUUCCUGCGGGGGCCCCGGCCCGGGCGUCCCCUCUCCCCCGCGAGGUUUUCGCCCGUCCUGCCCGCCCUGUCCACCGCCGAGCUCCCCCGCCUGGUGGCGGAGGUGGGCCCCGGGGUGGCCGCGGGGGACUGCCUGUGGACCGAGGGGCCCCGGCUGAUGGCCUCAGCUUUAGGGGUGCACAUCCCCCUCAGCCCCACACGGCUGUCCCGCGAAGAGGAGCCCGCGGUGGGGAGUGUUACAGAUGAAGACACACCCAUGGAACAGGAGGAGCCUGCAGCCAUUUUGAGAACAGUGAAAAAGACUGAGCUGAGACUGGAGCCACUGACGGGCAUGGAGGUGGCAGACAUUUUCCUGAAGAAGAGGCUCUUGGGAAAGGCUCAGUUUGUUCAUCUGAAGGCCAUGGAAGGCAAUGGGUCUUUUAGGCCCUACGACCUUCGUGCGGUCCCCCAAGACCAGGCCGGGCCGGAGCACUACAUCUUCUCCUCUUCCUCGGUGCUGCACGUACGGCACGGGACGGGCGGCGUGGGGUUCCAGACCCUGGGGGACUGGCACCGGGAGGCCCUGCAGUGGAACCUCCUCCAGGACCUCCCCUUCUUCAGAAACUUCCGGCUGCGCAGGGCCUUCACCUGGUGGCGCGGGAAUGUGCGGCGGAACCUCCUCCGGAGGGCCCGGGACCUCCUGCAGGAGCAGCUGCUGAUCGCAGUUCCCCAGUUUAGGGAGGCCCUCCUGCAGGUGUCCAGGUUGAUUGAGGAGCUCAAGCAGGUUCACUGGCUCCCCCAGGAUGACUCCCGGUCUUACACACUUCAGGAGUUCCACAGCGCCCUCGUGUGGCAGAAUGAGGAAUCGCGGGCCCUGCUGGGGAAGUUUCUGCAGUACCGAUCGCUCAUACUGAACAUGGUGCGGGAGGACAGCUGCAGGGCGCGGCAGGACCUCCAGGAGCAGGUGGAGCGGGCGGAGCGGGCCCAGCCGGCCCGGCCCGGUCCGCCGCUCCACCUGCAGCGGGCCCACCGGCACCGCCUGCGCCAGGACCUGCACCGGGCCGAGGGCGCCGCCAAGCGCCUCGCCAACGUGGCCGCCCUCGUCGAUCACAUGACCGUCCAGAGCCUGGCGACCGUCGCCCACCGCGAGGUCGCCGCCUUCCUCCGAAACGUGGUGACGAGGAGCCGGCUGGAGCAGGGCGGCCUCUUCCUGACGGAGCUGGUUUUCGGGACGGAGGGUCAGCUCGCCCCGGUCCCGCCCGUGCACCUGCUCCAGGAGGCCCUGCAGGGGGCGCUGUGCUCUGUGGCUGACUCUGUACUGCAGGUGAUUGACAGUAGCUUGUCGUCCGGGUCAGAAGACUGGGUGGCAGAGGGCACCCCCCUCGCUGAUGCCCCUCAGGACCUGACCCCUGACCCCAGCCCGCCCGGUAAUAACGGGGUGUCUGGCACCACGGAGCCCUGGGGAGCGAAGGGUGAACUCAGAAAUGUGACGCCCCGCCCUGUGUCCCCUGCCAAACUGGUGCUGCCUAACGCAGCUACCCCCAGGGUGGAGGGGCAGAGGCUGCGGGGACACUGUUACCCCCUGUCCCGCCCGGCCCUGCUGUGGCAGCUCACUGCCAGCGUGGGGGAGCAGGAGGCCCAGGGAGAGCUGGCCCGGGUCACUCAGGAGGCCCAGCAGGAGGUGCAGCAGCUGUGCGACGGGUUCUCCUGGCUGGGGGAGGUCCAGCGGAGCUGCAGCCUGUGGAGCUCGGCCAGCCUGGAGGCCAUGAGGGGGUGGCCCUCCCAGCGCUACCGGGAGCACAUCCAGAGAGUGCAGGCCUGGGCCGGGAGACUGCGCUCCCUGCCUGCCUGCUUCACCACCUCCAACAGGCUCAUCACCGUACGCUGCUCCCACACACGGGAGAAAAUAGGUCCUCAGCUGGCCUCCAUGGAGGAGGAGGUGCUGACUCUCCUGCAGGAGGAGGUGCAGCAGCGCUCAGAGGCUUUGGUGUCCCAGCUGAAGACGGCAGCUGAUUGGCUGAGGGCCGAACUGACUGAUUUGGACGGCUUUUCGCAGUACGCCAGCAGGGUGAAGCAGUGUGAGAGGCAGUGUGCUGACCUGCAGAGUCAGGGCCAGUACCUGCGGUCUCUCAGGGAGACCCUGCGUCUCAGCUCCAGGUCCACCAGGCCGGAUGCAGUGGUGCUGGAGGCCCAGGUGCAGGACGGCUGGAAUCAGUUCCUGCCGCUGCUGCAGCAAGCCGGGGAGGUCGUGAGGCAGCGCUCGCCUUCGAUGGCCGACGCCCUGGACCGGACCUUCUCCUCCCUGACCCAGGAGCUGCAGGGCCUGGUGUCCCGGGCCACCUCCGGCCCCUACGUGGACCCCACCCAGGAGAGCGCGGCCAUGGUGGCCCGACUGCAGACCAUACACGGCCAGUUCUGCGCAGUCGCUGCGCAGCUGGAGCAGAUGAAGGAGGCCAGCGGGGUCAUCAGCAAUGGGGAAAAGCCCCUGGACAUAUCCUUUGUGACAGAAGGGAGGCAGAAGUUGGAAGACCGCAAAGCAUUGUGGGAACUGCUGAGUGUGUCUGCUUCUUACAUUCAUGAGUGGAGACAGCUUCUUUUCAGCAAGUUUGUGGUACUCCGGGCCCAGGAGAAAGUGGACAGGUGGCUGCAGCAGGCUGUGUUAUUGGAGAGGACAGUCCCUCCGUGUGACAUGGUGCUCAAGCACGUCCUGCGGCUCCUGGAGGGCUUCAGGCAACAGCUCCCCCUGCUGGCCGAGCUCAGCAGCCCCACACUCAGACGCAAACACUGGGGGAACAUCUUCAAAGGCAUGGAGCUGCUCUCUACGCCAGAGAGGGAUAUUACCGUUGCUGAUCUUCUGUCCACAAACCUGCUGGACCACCGGAACAUGAUAAUCAAGGUGUGCCAGGAGGCGAGGGCGGAGGCGGACGUGGAGCAGGCCUUCCGGAAGCUUCAGCGGCGCUGGGAGGAGACGCCCUUUCGCCUGGCUAACUUCCUCCUGGUCGUGCGGCAGGAAGAGGAAGCGCACCCGGAGCCCGCGAGCAGGGGGGCGACCCCCGACGGGCGCGGGGCGAAGCACCGCCCCACCGCACGGCGAUCUCGGGACAGCGGCACCUUCAUCGUCAUCGGCCUGGAGGCCCUGCUGUCUCAGACGCAGGCCAGCAUCACGACUCUCUCCAGCAUGCUGCCGUCCCCGCACGCAGUGGAGUUCCGACGGGAGGUGGAGCGCUGGGUGCAGCAGCUGCAGGAGCUGGAGGAGCUUUUGGAUAUCUGGAAAAGGUACCAGCUGAAAUGGACCUACCUGAGCAAAAUGUUUCACGAGUUUGGAGUCAUUACUCAGAAACCAGAGCUGUACCGGCGGUUCCUCCCGGUGGAUGGAACGUACCGGGAGAUGAUCGAGACUGUGUCGAGGGACCCGCGGGUGCUGAACUUCGCCCAGCUGGGGCACGGGCAUCCGGGCCUGCGGGCGUUGCUGGCGGAGGGGCUCACCGCCAUGGAGGAGAUCUCCGCCGAGAUGCUGCACCUCCUGGAGGAGCCGCGCCGCCAGUUCCCCCGCCUCCGCUUCCUGAGCGACGGGGAGGUGACGGAGCUCCUCUCCCUUCACCCCGAGCCCUCAGGCUUGCUUCCACUGGUACGCAAAUGCUUCCAGGGGGUGCAGGAGCUGGACGUGGCCUACGGAGUCCAGGAGAGCCCCGAGGAGGAGGAAGACCUUCCCAGUGCCCAGCCGUGGGUGAGGGGUGUUUUCGGGGGCCUGGGGGAGAGGCUGCCCUUCCUCUGCCCCGUGGGGCCCAGCCUGGACCCCCUGGCCUGGCUGCGGCAGCUGGAGCAGCAGCUGCAUCGCGCCAUGGUGCAGCUCAUGGCGGAUUGUGCCGUCGCCCGGCAACGGUGUCGGGGGAAGCAGGGGGGCAAGGACCUGCACCGGGACCAGGUCCAGCGCCAGGAGGGUGACCAAAAAAUCAGGGACACCCUGUCGCUUGACCCUCUGCACCCCUGCGUUCCGUUAAACUCUUCAGCGCAGGAUGUCUUGAAGGACUCGAGGGAAGUCGACAGGUCCCCCUCUCUGUGGGACCUCAUCUCCGGCUUCCCCCUGCAGUGCCUCCUGGUGGUGGAAGAGGCAUUGUGGUGUGAGGAGGUCCGGCGGGCUUUCCGGAGUCCGGCGCCGGCCAAGCGGGCCCUGCUGAAGGCUCACUACGACGCCAAACUGCAGAGCCUGUGCCAGCUCGUUCGGGACGCGAGCGUGGGCCGCAGCGAGAGGUCGUCGGGGUCACAGCGGGCGGCCGCCGCGUUGCGCGCCAUGACGCUUCUCUCCAUCAAGCACUCCCGGCAGCUCUCGGGCCUGGCGGCGCUCGAGUGUGAGCUGGAGUCCUCUUUCGAGUGGCAGCGCCUGAUGAAGUACCACCUGAGUGCGGAUGACCACGGCGGUCCUGGGUUAGGUUCGACUGGGGCGCCGGCAGACGGUGCCUCCACGGCGGUAUCCUGCUACGUGGACGUCCUGAGCUCGCGUUUGCCGUACGGUUACGAGCUCUUAAGCCCCGAAUGUUGGACGAUGGUUCACACCGCGUCCUCGGACCGAGCGGCUCUUGGGAUCAUCCUGGCCCUCACCUGUUACAGGUGUGGCUUCGUCGGCGGGCCCAGCACGUCUGGGAAGACGGAGACGGCGGUGCACCUGGGGCAGGCCCUCGGGCGUCAUGUGGUCACCCUGCGCUGUUGCCCGGAGACGAGCACCGCCGUCGUCCUGCAGAUGCUGACGGGCGCCCUGCAGACCGGCGCGUGGCUGCUGCUGGACUCCGCGGACUCCAUGUCCCAGGGUGCACUGUCUCUCCUGGGACAGCACCUCUCCGACAUCCACCACGGCUUCUCGUUUCUGCUGGGCCGUAACCAACAGCAACCAGGCAAGUGCGAGACAGAGCACGAACAGACAGCAACAGCAAUGGCCCAAGACAGUAGCAAAGGCAGCAUUGAGCCUGUUGAGCUACAGGUAACUUUGGGUGGGAGGACGGUUUCCUCCAAACUGGGCUAUGGCUGCGUUCUCCUCUCGUCGUCCAGGCGAGCGAUUGAGGUGCCGGAGAACCUUCGAAUCGCCACCAGACCCGUUUCCCUGCUGCAGCCUGACUACGGGGUCAUCGCCGAGGCCACGCUGGCCGCCUCGGGCUUCUCAGAGGCCGCAUCCAUGAGCCGUCGCUUGGUGUCGCUCCUCAGCCUGGCCAGAGAUUUGGCCUGUCUCCCAGAAUCCUCCUGCGCUGGUCCCACUUCCUGGCUGGUGCUCCUGACCAGAGUCCUUACCUUUGCUGGGAUACACCUGAACCAGAGCAUGAGAGUGGAGUGGGAAAAGGACAAGGUGCUGGAGGGGGACCAGGAGGCCCAAAGGCAGCUUCUCCACCUGGUUCUGAGAGCUCCCGAGGGCUUGGGGGAUGGAGCCAAAGGCGCCCGCCCAGCCAAAUCCAGGCGCACCAACCAGUGCGUCAUCGUCCUGCAGGCCAUAGCCGAGGAGCAGGCGGUCAUCAAAGCCGUGACGUUGGCGGUGGCGUCGGCCAUCGUUGACCCCGGGAAGGCCAGCCACUUCCACGCCAUCUUCGAGGAGAUGUUCCCCGGUGCCCGCUGCCCUCCGCACCGCCUGCAGGGCAGAGAGGAGAAGCAGCAGGAGGCCUUGAAGGCGGCCGUGGUGGAGGAGCUGCAGGACGCCGGGCUGCAGCCCAGCCCCAGUGCGCUCUCCACCGCGCUGGCCCUGUACCGGGCCCUGAAGCUCUCCCGGGCCGUGGUUCUGCUGGGCCAGGCCGGAAGCGGGAAGACGACCUGCUACCGAGCCCUGGCCGGAGCUCUCCGGAGGCUGGCGGGCCGGGCGGCGGAGGAGGACGGGCCCGGUGGGGGUUCCUCUUCGGCAGCCGAGGGCACGGGGACGGGGGCCCCCUCUCCAGCUGCCGCCUGGAGCUCUGUGGACACGGCGGUCGUCUUCCCCAACGCCCUGUCCACGGAGGAGCUCUGGGGCGGCUUCAGCGGGCCGCAGGGCUGCUGGCAGUAUGGCGCCAUCACGAAGGCGCUGAGGGAGAGCCAGGAGCUCUCAAACACGAAGUCCCCGACCACCGAGUCCUCCGUCCCCCAUCCCCCCCAGAGGAGCAGGGGGCAGGGUGGGGGGCCACGCACGGCGAAGUGGCUGGUGCUGGACGGGGAGCCGCUGGGCCGGCCUGGCUGGCUGGACCCCCUCUGCACCCUCUGCGACCCCAAGGACCCCUUCCUGAGCCUCCCCACGGGGGAACAGCUGCGGCCGCCGCCGGCGCUGUGGGGGCGCGGGGAGCUGAAGGUGCUGGUGGAGGCGACGGGCCUGGAGGACGCGUCCCCGGCCGCGGUGGCGCGCUGCGGCCUGGUGCUCCACUCCGCGGGGGAGCUGUGGAGGGCCGUGUGGAGGGCCCAGCUGGAGGCCCUCGGCAGGGACCCCGGCCUGGACCCCCGGUGCCUCCGCGUGUGGAGCCGGCUGGCGGACGACCUGUUCGCCAGGACCCUCUCCUUCCUGGGGGAGCGGAGACUCGCCCCCGUACUGCCCGAGCCUGGCGCGGGACCCCGGGAGGUCACGCACGGGGUGCAGGAGGUCAUGUCCUUCAGCAGGGUCUUAUGUGCCCUGAAGGAGCAAUUUGGGAGCAACAGGCUGAAAGCUGCAUUGAAACACACUGACAGGGGAGAGGGCACCCCUGACACCUCCCAGAAAGCCCCCUCGGACCCUGCGACCCCCUCAGCCCAGCAGGAGCUGCAGGCCAGGAAUGUUUUUGUGGUGGCCUACGUCUGGGGCUUUGGGGGCCACCUGCAUCCCAGACACUGGCCGCAUUUUGACGAGUUUGCCCGCGGUGCCCUGUACGAGAGCCGCGACAGGGUGGCGCUGCCCGCGGAGGCCUCCGUGUUUGAGUACUUUGUGCACCUGAGUGACAGGCCUGUGGAGGCUCACGGCGGACCCCAGAACAGGAGUCUGCAGGUGUCCUGCAGCACCGUCCCCCAGUACGAGAGGUACGUGUUCUUGCUGCGGCUGAUGUUGAAGGCCCGCCAGCCGGCUCUGCUGGUGGGGGAGCCGGGUUCGGGGAAGACCACCCUGUGCCAUUCUGCGCUGGGUCCCAAAGUGCCUCACCUGCGCCUCCCUGCCUGUGCUCUCCUGAGAGCAGCCCACCUGCGGGCUUUGCUGGAAGGCGUGGGCUGCCAGUCAGUGAGGUCAGACGCCAUGACGACCGUAACCAGGCAGCCUGGGCUGCUGCUCUUCCUGGAUGACCUGCAUGAUGCGCCCUGUGAUGCUUAUGGGAAGGCGUCGAUGGCCCUGGAGGCGCUGCGGCAGUGCAUGACCACAGGGGGCGUGCUCACCCCCGCUGGCCGGCACUUCCGGCUCUGCAGCUCCGGAGCGCUCAGCUUCCUGGCCUCCUGUGCCACGCCCGGGGAGGGGGGGUCCGGCUGCGGGGGCCUGUCCCCCCGCCUGUCCCGCCUCUUCUCCGUCCUGGCGCUGCCGGACCUGUCCGAGCCCCUGCUGUUCUCCAUCCACUCCCCCCGGCUGCAGCUCUGUCUCGGCGAGCUCCCCCUGGUGGCCGACAUGCGCGACUGCAUCCUCGCCGCCACCCUGGAUCUGUACCGUGCCGUCAGGCUAGCGUUUCCGCCCCGCGCGGACAGGCCCCACUUCCUGUUCUCGCCGCACGACCUGCGGAAGGUCUUCCAGGGGAUGUGCCUGUGGAGGCCCCCCUGGGGGGGAGGUGCCCCCCACCUCCGGGCCUCCCGCUCCUCCUCCUCGGCCCUCGCCGUGGUCCGGCUCUGGGCACACGAGUGCCUGCGCACGUUUUGGGACCGGCUCUGCUCCGAGGAGGAGCGCGGGGAGGCGCUGGCGCUGCUGACCCAGGUGGCCCACAGGAACUUUGCCAGCAGGCUGGCCUCCGAGCCCAAAACGGACGGCGAGGCGGGGGAGUCCAGCACUCCCAACCCGUCUGCGGCCCGGGAUCCUGGAGAGGGAGAGGAGGAGGUGACGUCAUCGAGGGAGGAGUCCCCUGCCUCCUCCUUAGAGGAGGAGGAGGAGGAUGAAGACCACACAGAGACUGGGGAGCAGGGGAGCAGCUCCUUCGUCUCAGACAGUCUGAGUGAGCAGGAUGCGCUGAGCGAGAUCCUCUCUGACGAGCCUGAGAUGGAGAGCGUAAACCACGGAGAUACCGACACCCUGUCUGAAACCUCAAGGACCCCUUCAACCGUGCAGCCCUCCCCCCGUAAAGAGGCCAGGCCCCGGAGUAAGCCGGACGGGAAGAGGAGCGGGAGGCUCGUCGUCCGGCUCCCACAAUGCACCAGUGCGGACCGCGCCGCGCAGGCAGAGCAGAGUCCGGUCGGCGCCAGAACGGCCGGGGAGCCGUUGCGAGACCUGGGGCCGUCCCUCCUGGACCCGGUCUUCGGUCCGGACCUCUCCGGGCCGCUCCACCUCCACGCCCGGCUCCGCAGCCUCAGACGCGACUCCGCCUACAAGGAGCAGGACGCGGAGGGGCUGGCGAAGCAGCUCGCCGCCGCGGCGAAGCUUACAGAGGAAGAGGAGGGGGAGGGGGAGGAAGGGGACGGACGCGCUGCCGGUUACGGGGUGCACGGGCAGGGGGUGCGCCAGCUGGCGCGCGUCCUCCGCGCCCUGCUCUUGCCCGGGGGGCACGGGGUCCUGCUCGGGGGGGCGAAGGGCACGGGGAGGAAGACCGCGGUGCGCCUGGCCGCCCGGCUGACGGGCUGCCGGCUGCUGGAGGUGCAUUCUGGGAACGCGGCGGCCGCGUGGGACGCGCUCAAGGAGGCCGGCGCCCGCGCAGGGGUGCGGAGGGAGGGCCUGGUGCUGCUGGUGCACGAGAGCGCCAGCCAGGAGUUUAGGGAGGAGCUGCUGGUCGCCAUGGGCAACAGAACCUUCCCGACGCUCUACUCCUACAAGGAGUGGAAGAUCAGCAGCCUGGCCAAAGGCUCGCACAGACAUGAGGAAGACCAAGGAACGGAGAGGUACUUUCGACAGGUCCCGUGGAAUGUGCACGUGUUCCUGCUGCUGCCCCUGGCCCCUGGUGGAGAGUGUCCUGGGGCGGGGGGGUUCUGGGCCAGAGCCCUGAGUCUCUGUAGCUGUGUGGAGGUCUACCAGCCCUGGACCACAGAGUCCCUCAUCGAUGUGGCCACUCACCACCUGAAGAGCUAUCUGCAGAUUCCCAACCUGAACCCCAAAGUAGAUGGGUCUUGCCUGGUGUUCAGUCUUUCUCAGGCCAUGGCUGGGAUUCACCAAUCAGCACGGAGAUACGCCUCUGUCCUAACUCCAGACCUGCAGCCCUUUGGUCCACAGACUUUCAUGGAGUUCCUGUCACACUUCCUGUUCCUUUGUGCGCACCUGUACGAUGAGGGGCGGAGUCAGGCCAACAGAAUGGCAGCCAUCUUAAGUCGAAUGAAGGAACUGACUGACCAGGCCGACCAGUACAGCCAGGAGGUGUCCAGCCUGAGGACAGAGUUCACUGAAGCCCAGCAGUGGCAGGCCCAGCUGCAGCGUGCUGUGGAGGCCAGCCAGGCGGUGUGUGAGCGCGCUCGACAGCACUGCCUCCUGGAGGAGACGCAGCUGGCGCUGCUGGAGGAGCAGCUGCAGGAGGCGCGGCAGCUGUCCCAGGACGCAUUGCAGCAGGUGAGCCCCCUGUACCAGGCGGCCCUGGAGGCCAUGCAGUCCCUCAGCCAAUCAGACCUGGAGGAGCUGCGGCGGUACAGGCGGCCCCCCGAGGGCGUGAUGGCGGUCAUGGACGUGGUGUGCAUGCUGUUCGGCCGCCCCUGCACCUGGGAGAGCUGUCAGCAGCUCCUGGGGAGGCCCAACUUCCUGCAGGAGCUGGAGUUCUACGACCGCUCGGCGCUGAGCGGGGAGCUGUUCGCGGCGCUGAGCGCGGCGGUGGCGCGGCCCGGGUUCGAGCCGGAGGCGGCGCGGGGCGUGAGCCGGGCGUGCGAGUCGCUGUGCCGCUGGGCGCGGGCGGUGCACCAGUACGCCCGCGCCCGCCGCAGCGUGGCGCCGCACGAGGCCCGGCGGGCGCGGCUGGAGGAGGCCGCCGCACAGACCCGCGCGCGGCUCCGGGUGGCGCGGCUGCGGGAGGAGGAGGCGCGGGCGGGCCUGGAGGAGGCGGAGCGGCGGCUGGGGGCGGCCCGCCGCGAGGCGGAGGAGCUGGCCGCCCGGCUGCGCCGCGCCGAGACGCGGGAGAGGGACGCCGCCGCCGCCGUCCAGCAGGUGGCGCCACACAUCGCCGACUGGAGCGCUUCGGCACGGGAGACAGAGAGGGGCAUCGGGACAGUCCCAGGGGACGCCCUAACGCUGGCCGCUGCCCUGGCGUACCUGGGUCCGUUUGGGCCCGACGUGCGCUCGGAGCUCCUGGGGAAGUGGCGCGAGCUGUGCCUGACGGGCCACGUCGAAACUGACCCCGAGGACCCCAGGACGGCACACCUCUCCGCCCCGUCCCGCCCCGCUGCUCUGCCCGCUCCCUACGUCCCCAUUCCCCUGGGAGAGGACCCGCAAGCGCUCGUGGGCCGGCUCGUGGGCGAGGUUAAGGGCGUGGCCCGGGGCGUGGCCCAGGGCGUGGCUCCAGCGCUGUUGCUGAACCUGCUGCUGUGGGCCUGUAGGAACCGCAGGGCUCAACACUGCCCCCUGCUGGCAGACGCGCAGCAGCGGGAGGGCAUGGCGGCCUCACUGUCGCUGGGCCAGUGCUCAGAGGGAAAGGGUCAGGCCCAGGGGGAGGAUGAGUAUGACCUGGUGGUCAGUGGCGAUGACCCCGCCCUGCUGGAUAAACUGAGAGAGGGGGCAGAGAAAGGUCUCACGGUGCUGGUGACUCACGUCGAGCGAGCGCGGCCGACCCCCGGAUUGCUGGGGUUGCUGGGGCGACGGGCCGGGGCCCCCCCCGCUGCCCGGCCGGGCUUCUCCCUCUCCCUCAGCACCUCCCUGCCCGUCGGGGCACUGCUCCACGAGAUCCACCCCUUAAUCUUGGCUGAGGUGCGGGUGGUUGACCUCUCCUUGAGUGGAGCAGAGCUGCAGGAGUUAACGCUGGCCGAAAUGAUGCAGUCAAAGUGCCCCCAAAUAUGGUCGCAGGAUCGCCAGUCGAGGGCAGAGAAACUGAUGCUUCUGGACCGACUGCGCCAGCAGGAGGCCUCUCUGAUGGAGUACGUCCUGCAGUCCUCCGCCCCUCUCCUGGAGGACCCCCGGUUCCUCCCGCGGGUGUCGGCCUGCCAGGCGGCCGCCUCCGGCCUGCGGGCGGAGCUGCUGGAGCUGGACCAGGAGCUGGAGCGGCAGCGCCCUCUGCUGGCGCGUCUCCGCGGGGAGGCGGAGCCUCUCGCUGCCUUCUACGGGGCGCUGCAGGACGUGUCCCGCCUCUCCCCGCUCUACCGCUUCCCCCUGCCCCGCUACCUGAUCGCCCUCCGAGAGGCCCUGGCUCUGCGGGAGGCGCCGGAUCUGACGUUCGGAGGGGAGGAGGGGACGGGGACAGGGGCGGGGACGGGCGCGGUUUCGGCGGACGUCCUGGUGGCCCACCUGAUGGCGCGCUACCGGCCGUGCCUGUUCCAGGGCCACGCCGGCGUGCUGCGGCUGCUGGUUGCCGUGGCGAUGUCCCACCACGGCGAAGGCCGCCCCGAGGCCGAGAGGGCGGCCUUCCUGCGGGGGCUGGGCGACGAGGACUUUCCCGGCUCCGCCCAGCCCGCCCAAGCCCCUCCCACGCCACCGACGCAGCUCCCCGAUUGGAUCCCCCGCGCAGUUCAGGCGGAGGUCCUCCGCUUGGAGAGCCUGCCCUCCUUCGGGGGCCUGGUCUCCUCCCUCACCUCCUGCCCCGAACAGUGGGCGGAGUACCUGCGCUACCCCUCCUCCACCGUGAUUGGUCCCGUCCCGUGCCCCUCCCACUCCCACCUCUCCGUCCUGCAGCGUGCUCUGCUGUGGAAGACGCUGCUCCCUCAUUGGCUGGCCGCCGUGGCGAACGACUUGGCGGCCUGCCAGCUGGGGAAACCCUUUCAGUCGCCGUUGGCCAGCGACCCGCACCCUGGUACCCCCGAGGCCCUGUCCCAAAUUUUAGAGGAAACUGAGGGACCCAUCGUUCUCAUCCUCCCAGGUCCCAGCGAACCAGGACCACCGCCUGUGCACCCCCUGCACUGGGUAGAACAGGCUGCCCAGGGCCUGGCGGAGGACAGAAGGGUGAAGAGGGUGCAGGUGAUUUCCUUUGGGGCCGAGUGUCAGAGGGAGGUGGUGCUUAAGGCACUGGACUUGGCUGCGCAGGAAGGCCAUUGGCUGGUUUUCAAUAACUGUCAUCUGUUGGACCAAUGGGAUGAGGAGGUGGUGUGUCGGGUGACUCAGCUACUGUCGUGCACAGACGGAGGCCACGUGACCGAUGUGGAGAUGGGGGAGGGGCCUACUGAAGGUGGGCCGUUUGGGCAGACGCAGGUGCACCCCCGCUUCAGGCUGUGGUUCAUCACCCGGGGAGACGCACCCCUGUCCAUCCCAGCGGCGGUCCGAUCGUCCGCGCUCCGUCUGGCCUGCAAUUCCCCCUGGGACCUGAAGGAGGCGCUCCGCUGCUCUCUGCGCCAGGCGGCGGCCGCCGUGACCGACCCGGUGGAGGCGGGGCCCGUCCUGCGCUGUGCCGUCCUGCACGCUGUCCUGCUGCAGAGGCGUACCUACGGGCACCUGGGACAGGGGCGAGCGUACUGCUGGACCCGCGAGGACCUGCAGGCACUGCUGGAGGCUCAGGUUCGGACCGCCAGGCACUGCAGUGACCCGGUGGGGGCGCUGGAGUACAUAGCAGGCUCCUUGGUGUACGGCGGUCACGUGGAGGACCCCGCAGAUUUGGAGGCGGUGACGGGCGUGGCCAGGGCCUGCCUCAGGCCGCCCCCUCCGCUUUGGGGGCGGGGCCCACACACCCUCUCAGCGCUGGUUGCCCGCGGACGUUUCGGGCGGAGGGGCCUCCUGCAGGAGGUGGAGCAGCGCCUCCAGGCCUCCUCUCCCAGCGCGGACCCCCUGCUGCUGGGCCUCAGCGCCGGGCUGGCCGAGGAGCUCCUGAGGGCGCAGAGUCACGCGCUGCACCUCCUCCUGCGGGACUCCCAAACCGCUGGGGUCCAGCCCCGCCCCCCGGUGCUCCCAAAGCUGACACAGGCCCGGGACAGGCUGCGGGCACUGAGGGACACGCUGGAGAGGGCCGGGGGCCGCAGGGUCACGCCCCAAACGCCGCUGGGCCUCUUCCUGCAGCAGGAGUGGAACGGUCUGGUCCGGUCAGCGGCCUCCCUGCACGGGACCCUCCCUCAGACUGACGGAAGCCGCGCCCCCCAUGCCACGCUCCGCGCCCCCCACGCCACGCUCCGCGCCCUGUCCCGCCUGGAGGCCCGGGCGGAGCUGCUGGGGGCGUACCUGCGGAAGGAGUCCCCCGAAACCCCGCCCUUCGCCUACCGGCUCUCGGCGUUCCACAGCCCCCGCGGCUUCCUGGCGGCCGUGCUCCGGGAGGCGGCCCGCGCCGAAAAAAAGGGGGACCCCUCCCGCCUCUCCCUCCACUUCCAGGUGCUGAGCGCUGGGACAGUGCCUUCCUCCACACCCCCGAGCGGGGCGUACCUGUGCGGGCUGGAGCUGCGGGGGGCGCUGUGGGACACCAGGCUGAGCGCCCUGCAGGACACCCUGUCCCCCAAACCCUGCCCCAUGCCCCUCGUUUGGGUGAGAGCCCGGACCGGGCCUGCGGACACCCCCGGGGGUGCCUCCUCCUCCCUGCCCCUCUACCACUGCCCCCUCUACCUGGACGGGGAGUUUGGGGAGGGGGACAUCGUCGCCCGCGUCCCACUGGCGGCCAAGCUGGACCCUGUGCUGUGCGCACUGAGACCGGUGAGGCUGGUCAGCACUCUGCAAGAGAGGCCACACCCACUCUGCACUUCAGGCCACGCCCACUCAGCACUUUAGGCCACGCCCACUCCACACUUCGGUAAUGAGAUGAGAUCCACUUCCUUGCGUCUAGGGCUCCCACACCUACCUACACCACAGACGCAAGGACUACAAGUCCUUUCAAGGGCCCAGAAAAAUAUUUGGGAACAGACUAUUUGGGCAGUGUAAAAUAGUCUCAGUAUCCAAAAAAAUUAAUUUUGUCUGAGGAUCAGCUCUGUCAUACCCCAACCAUUUAGAGCAGAAUGAUGUAGAAUCCGUUUUUAAGAACAAUAAUUAUGUGAAAAUGGUCAUGAAGCUUCUUAGGUUUGCAAGCCAAAACUACAAGCACCUUAGAGUACAUCUUGUCCCUUGAUUAUUUUCCUUAACUUUAUUUUUUUCUAAAUGUGAGGAUGAGAAAUGUUUUAUGAAUGGGAACAUUGUGCAUUACUGAAGAAAAUAUGGAGCCAGCUGAAUCAUAUCUGAUGUCAAUGACUCUAGUAACAUCACUACUUGCCAACAGACUAAGUGAAGGAAAAAAAAUAUUUUGUACAUUUAGUAGAUCAUUUACAGCAAAAUGAUUAAUAUACACCUUUAUGUACUUUGAAUAAGAAUUUAUUUAAAAGCUUUUUGAAAAAUCACAAUACCACCAAUGAUAUUAAUAACAAAUAAAGAGUGUGAAAAUA